GCCACAGAGCAAGGAGCGAGAGAAAAUGUUAACCGGAGCCUAUAAUUAAUUUACUGUUUUAUGUUUCUGUUACAUACAAAUACAAACAACUCUACAUGCAGCCCGUAUGGAAGAUGAUUUUUGUUUCCAGACACGAGGAGAGGCUCACCUAAAGAUUAAAUACAGAUUGCACCAAACCGGUUCAAGUUUUAUCUGCGUGGAGUAAAAUUACUCCCCUGACCAGUGUGGACCAAUGAUGGCUCUAAUGGUUCACCUGAAGACGGUCGCUCACCUUCGGGGGAAAGGUGACCGGAUCGCCAAAGUUACAUUCAGAGGUCUGUCCUUCUACAGCCGAGUGGCAGAGAACUGCGAGGAGGCAGCCCACUUUAAUGAGACAUUUCGGUGGCCCAUUGCCAGCAGGCUGGAUGGAAACGAGACGUUGGAGAUCCAAGUGUACAAUUACAGCAAAGUCUUUUCCAACAGACUGGUGGGGACUUUCAGCAUGGUACUUCAGAAGGUGGCUGAAGAAGGACACCUAGAGCUCACCGAUACACUCAUCGAUGAUAACAACACAUCCAUAAAGACCAGCGUUACUAUAGAGAUCAGAUACCACUCAAUGGAUGGGACAGUGGGAGUGUGGAGCGAUGGGGAGUUCCUGGAUGUUCCUGAUGACCGUGACGGGAUGUUUGCCUUUGAAACAGACAGCUUGCUGUCAGGACAAAGCCAUGGGUCAGGGACGUCUCCGGGACGAUCCUUACAGGGAUCCAUACCGACCUUCAGGAAAGCAGGGAAGGGAGUUUUCUCAGCCAUGAAGCUUGGCAAGAUCAAGAGCUACAGAGACGAUCACAAGAAAGGAGAUGAGCCGGCGGUCCUGGAUAUGGAAGACCUGGACAGGAAGGCGAUGCGUCUCGCAGGAUCACUGGACCCAGACACCAUCUCUCUGGCCUCUGUCACCGCCGUCACCACCAACGUCUCCAAUAAGAGGUCAAAGCCAGAUAUCAAGAUGGAACCAAGCUCUGGACGACCAGUGGAUUAUCAGAUCAGCAUCACAGUGGUCGAGGCCCGGCAGCUGAUAGGCCUCAACAUGGACCCCGUGGUGUGUGUGGAGAUCGGAGAUGAGAAGAAGUACACAUCUAUGAAGGAGUCCACCAACUGCCCGUAUUACAAUGAGUAUUUCGUCUUUGACUUCCAUGUCCCUCCUGAUGUUAUGUUUGACAAGAUCAUCAAGCUCUCAGUCAUUCACUCUAAAAAUCUUCUUCGGAGUGGGACCUUGGUGGGAACCUUCAAGAUGGAUGUUGGGACUGUUUACUCUCAGCCUGAACAUCAGUUUUACCACAAGUGGGCCAUCCUGUCUGAUCCUGAUGACAUAACGGCGGGGUGUAAAGGAUAUAUAAAGUGUGACAUCGCUGUGGUUGGGAAGGGCGACAACAUCAAGACUCCACACAAGGCCAACGAGACGGAUGAAGACGACAUAGAGGGGAACCUCCUGCUCCCAGAGGGCAUCCCGGCAGAGAGGCAGUGGGCAAGGUUUUAUGUGAAGAUCUACCGCGCCGAGGGACUUCCUAAAAUGAACACCAGCAUCAUGGCUAAUGUGAAGAAGGCCUUCAUCGGAGAGAACAGAGACCUGGUGGACCCCUACGUUCAAGUGCAGUUUGCUGGGCAAAAAGGGAAGACUUCAGUCCAGAAGAGCAGUUAUGAACCAAUUUGGAACGAGCAGGUCAUCUUCACUGAGCUGUUCCCUCCACUCUGCAAACGCAUGAAGGUCCAGAUACGAGACUCGGAUAAGGUCAACGACGUUGCCAUAGGAACCCACUUCAUUGACCUGCGCAAGAUAUCAAAUGAUGGUGACAAAGGGUUCCUGCCCACACUGGGCCCAGCUUGGGCCAACAUGUAUGGUUCCACCCGUCAGUACACUCUGAUGGACGAGCACCAGGACCUGAAUGAGGGUCUUGGAGAAGGCGUGUCCUUCAGAGCCCGUCUCCUGCUCUCCAUCGCUGUGGAGAUCCUGGACACCACUUCACCUGAGAUCAUAAGCUCCACUGAUGUGCAGGUGGAGAGUGUCUCCAACAUCUCAGAAAGUGCCACUGGGAAAAUAGAUGAGUUCUUCCUCUUUGGUUCCUUCCUGGAGGCCACCAUGAUUGACAGGAAGAUUGGCGACAAAGCGAUAAGUUUUGAAAUCACAAUAGGAAACUAUGGCAACCAGAUAGAUGGUGUAAGCAAGCCUUCAUCAGCAAAGAAAAGGAAGAAAGAUGGAGAAAAUGAAGAAGAGGAGAACGAGCUCAUCCAGAACUCCAGUGAGGACGAGGCAGACGAGGAUGGGGACCUGGUCUCCGUCUCCUCCACUCCUAUAAUGAAGCCCGUCAUCACCGACAGGAAUUACUUCCAUCUUCCCUACUUCGAGAAGAAGCCAUGUGUCUACAUCAAAAGCUGGUGGCAGGACCAGAGAAGACGACUUUACAACUCCAACAUGAUGGACAAGAUCGCUGACAAACUGGAAGAGGGUUUAAAUGACGUUCAGGAGAUCAUUAAGACAGAGAAGGCUUUUCCAGAACGCAGACUCAGGGGAGUGUUGGAGGAGCUCAGCGUCGGCUGCAGUCGGUUUGUGACUCUGGCUAACAAGGAUGUGAACCAGGCAGGCCGAACCAAACUGGAUCGAGAACGGCUGAAGUCCUGCAUGAGAGAGAUGGACAGCAUGAGCCAGCAGGCCAAGAUGAUCCGGACUCAGGUGAAGAAAAACACAGUGAAAGAAAAACUCAAGCUGGUGCAGAACUUCCUGCAGAAGCUCCGUUUCCUCGCUGAUGAGCCUCAGCACAGCAUUCCAGAUGUUUUUAUCUGGAUGAUGAGCAACAACAAGCGCAUCGCCUAUGCCCGGAUUCCUUCUAAAGACAUUCUCUACUCCAUAGUUGAUGAGGAAACAGGAAAAGACUGCGGCAAAGUCAAAGCUGUCUUCCUCAAGCUGCCUGGUAAGAAGGGGUUUGGUCAUGCAGGCUGGACAGUUCAGGCUAAGCUGGAGUUGUAUCUGUGGCUUGGCCUCAACAAGCAAAGGAAGGACUUCCUCAAUGGUCUCCCUAAUGGUUUUGAAGAGAUCAAAGCCUCUAAAAUGGGCCCCGGCCUUCAGUCUGUCCCCCCCAUCAGUCUCGUCUACAACAUGAAGCAGGUGUUUCAGCUGAGAGCGCACAUGUACCAGGCCCGCAGUCUGUUUGCUGCUGACAGCAGUGGCCUGUCAGAUCCCUUCGCUCGGGUCUUCUUCUCCACACACAGCCAGGUUACUGAGGUCCUGAGCGAGACUCUUUGCCCUACAUGGGACCAGCUGCUGGUGUUUGACGAUGUGGAGCUCUUUGGGGAGGCCAGUGAGCUGAGGGACGACCCACCAAUCAUUGUGGUUGAAAUCUACGACCAGGACACUGUGGGCAAGGCGGAGUUCAUAGGCCGGACGUUUGCGAAGCCCACCAUCAAGAUGUGUGACGAGCACUACGGCCCCCCGAGGUUCCCACCCCAGCUGGAGUACUACCAGGUUUACAGAGGGAACUGCACUGCCGGGGAGCUGCUGGCUGCCUUUGAGCUGCUGCAGAUACCUUUCGAUGAGGAGUCGAUUAGGCGAGCCUUGAUUGCUGUCCAUAACUUUGCUGUUCCUCAAAUAAAGAUCGGUCAAGGUGGGAGGGCCGAUCUUCCUCCCCUUGAAGGGCCGACAGACUCGGAGCGUGGACCCAUUCUGCCUGUGCCGCUGGGCAUCCGACCCAUCCUGAGUCGCUACCGCAUUGAGGUUUUGUUCUGGGGCUUAAGGGAUCUGAAGAGAAUUAACUUGGCUCAGGUGGAUCGUCCCCGUGUGGACAUAGAGUGUGCAGGGAGAGGUGUGCAGUCUGUCCUCAUCCAGAACUACAAGAAAAACCCCAACUUCAGCACCCUGGUUAAAUGGUUUGAGGUGGACCUUCCAGAGAAUGAGCUUCUCCACCCUCCUCUCAACAUCCGGGUGGUGGACUGCCGGGCAUUUGGCCGAUACAUCCUGGUGGGGUCCCAUGCUGUCACCAGUCUGAGACGUUUCAUCUACAGCACCCCAGACAAAUCCUCCAACAACUGGGCCACUGCAGCUAAGCUAAUGAAUGGCUACAUGGUCCUUGCCAACGGCGGCUCCCAGCCUCGCUCCUCACCCAGCCUUUCCUCUCGCACCCUCUCUCGCCCCGCAGGUGACAUCAUCGUCAACAUGGACACAGAGCCUCUGGUCCGAAAGAUGGACACAGUCGUCAAGUUAGACGCUACGUCUGAUGCUGUUGUAAAAGUUGACAUGACUGAGGAGGAGAUUGACAAAGAGAAAAAGAAGAAGAAGAAGAAAAAGAAGGGAGGGGCAGAGGAAGAGGAUGAGACAGAUGAGAGAGUGCUGGACUGGUGGUCCAAAUAUUUUGCCUCAAUAGAAACGCUGAAGGAGACCCUCAGAGCCCAGGAGGUAGCACAGGCAGAGGCGGAAGAGAGAGAGGACCUGGAGAUAGCUGCAGAGGCAGCAGAUAUCAAACCCAAUGACCUUCUUAUGAAAGGCUCCAAGUCAAGGGAAAAGAGCAAAGAGAAGAAGAGCUCCAAGGACAAGAAGAAGGGUCAGGCUGUGGACGGCUCUGAGAAACGACCGGUGAAAGCAAAAGUGGACGAGCUGUUGGUGUACAACAAGGAGCUGGAGAGUGAGUACGGCAACUUUGAAGACUGGCUCCACACUUUCAACUUAUACAGAGGGAAGGCUGGGGAUGAUGAUGAACAUGCUCUGGAUGACGACAGGAUUGUUGGCAGAUUCAAGGGAUCCUUGUGUAUGUACAAGCUACCGCUGUCUGAGGAGAUCACGAGAGAGGCAGGAUUUGAUCCUAACAUGGGCAUGUUCCAGAGCAUUCCACACAACGAUCCAAUUAAUGUCCUUGUCCGUGUCUAUGUGGUUAGGGCUACAGAUCUUCAUCCUGCAGAUAUCAAUGGGAAGGCCGAUCCAUACAUUAUCAUCAAGCUGGGAAAGUCAGAGGUCAAGGACAAAGAGAACUACAUCUCCAAACAGCUCAAUCCUGUGUUUGGCAAAUCAUUUGAAAUCGAGGCCACUUUCCCCAUGGAGUCCAUGCUGACGGUGUCCGUGUACGACUGGGACCUGGUCGGCACUGAUGACCUGAUUGGAGAGACAAAGAUUGACCUGGAGAAUCGUUUCUACAGCAAAUACAGAGCCACCUGUGGCAUUUCAUCCAGCUACUCUGUCCAUGGAUACAAUAUUUGGCGGGACCCUAUGAAGCCCAGUCAGAUCCUGAUGAAGCUCUGUAAGGAAGGCAAGAUCGAUGGACCCCAUUAUGGGCCGGGAGGCAAAGUCAAGGUGGCAAAUCGAAUCUUCCUGGGGCCUACAGAGAUCGAGGAUGAAAAUGGUCUGAAGAAGCAGACUGAGGAGCAUUUGGCCCUAACAGUGCUGAACCACUGGGAGGAGAUCCCGAGGGUGGGCUGCAAGCUCGUCCCUGAACACGUGGAGACCAGACCACUGCUGAACCCCGACAAGCCCGGCAUCGAACAGGGCCGUAUUGAGAUGUGGGUGGACAUGUUUCCUAUGGACAUGCCUGCUCCUGGACCUGCGAUUGACAUAUCACCACGGAAACCAAAGAGCUUUGAGCUUCGUGUUGUUAUUUGGAACACUGAUGACGUAAUUCUAGAGGACGAUGCUUUCAUGACAGGAGAGAAGAUGUCUGACAUCUAUGUCAGGGGAUGGCUGAAAGGACAGCAGGAGGACAAGCAGGACACAGAUGUGCACUAUCACUCCCUGACUGGUGAGGGCAACUUUAACUGGCGCUUUGUCUUCCCCUUCGAUUACCUCAUGGCUGAGGAGAAGAUCGUCAUCUCUAAGAAAGAGUCCAUGUUCUCCUGGGAUGAGACUGAAUAUAAGAUCCCUCCUCGCCUCACGCUGCAGGUCUGGGACGCCGACCACUUCUCUGCUGAUGACUUUCUGGGUGCGAUUGAGUUGGACCUAAACCGGUUCCCUCGUGGCGCCAAGACCGCCAAGCAGUGUUCCCUUGACAUGAUCCGAAAUGAGCAGGAGCUGCCCACCAUUUCCAUCUUCAAACAAAAAAGGGUCAAGGGCUGGUGGCCGUUUGUAGCCCGAGAUGAGAACGAUGAGAUGGAGCUCACGGGUAAGGUAGAAGCUGAACUUCAUCUGGUGACAGCAGAAGAGGCGGAGAAAAGUCCUGUUGGACUGGGACGAAAUGAGCCGGAUCCACUGGAGAAACCAAAUCGCCCAGACACUACCUUCCUGUGGUUCCUGAGCCCGCUGAAAGCCAUCCGCUACCUGGUGUGCAACCGCUACAAGUGGCUGAUCAUCAAGAUCGUGCUGGCCCUACUGCUGCUCAUCAUGCUGGGCCUCUUCCUCUACAGCAUGCCGGGCUACCUUGUUAAGAAACUGCUGGGGGCCUGAGAAGCUGCUGGGCGGGGGGUGGGGGGGGGGUCAGCCAGAUACAUGCGACGAUGGAUGGAUGGGAGAAUGAGGGGGACACAGAGGGCAGACGCUGGCUUGCAGGCGCAAACCAGAAGGACAGCAUGAGGUGUCUCCCUCAGUCUAACUCACAAGGAAGAGAAGCAGGGGGAGGAGAAGGUGCUGUGGAACUCCUCUCUUAUCCAUUCUGAUCGUCACAAAUAGCUCACCACCUUCCACCUUAGCUCUGACAGACCCACCCCUCAAAAAAGAAAUGAGAAACACUAACUGUCUAAUCAUCUAACAAGUCUAAUACUCCAUCCUUGAACUGAACUAAAAAGCAAUCACUUUCCCACAAAGUAACACCUUUUUCUUUUCAAGCAAUGUUACAUGACAGUGAAUGUUUCUUAAACUGUUUAUACAGCUUAUUAAGCUAAAAUCGGUUGUUGUGUGGUCAGACGAUUGCAUGGAAAUUCAUUUCAAGUGAUGCUAUAAGAUAUUUCAUUACUGCUACAACAAUUGCGGUUGAUUUAUAUAAUAUGGAAGAAAAGGAACAAUAUUUUUGGCAAAACUUUGUUAUCCACCCCCCCCCAAAGUAUUUAGCAUGUCUAAGCACUAUAUAUACAAUUAAUAAAUGAAAGCAGAUAUAAUGACAUUUUAAGUGUUUAUUAAUGUACAGUACUUGUCAGCUAUUCUAACUUCUCCUGUGAAGACUGUGUUUUACUCUGUUUACACAGCCUCCACUUAUGGGUGCCCACAAGAGGAGCUGUAGUUGAGAAAUACAUGAAUAAACACUUAAAUCUGCUUAUAACUAAAUUAUCAUUCAUUCAGUGCUUAUGUACUCCUCAUAAAUGCUGACUAUGUGGGUUAAAGCAAAGUGUUACCAUGUUAUAAAAACUAUUAUAGCUCUUGCUGUCUUUGCACAUUUCAAGAAUAAUAAUGAAGAAACAAAAGAUGUCUAUUUUCUUAAUGAAAUUCAAUGAGACAUAGAACAAGUUGACUUCAGAAUAACUUAAAUAAUGAAUAAGCCUUCUACGGGGGUUUAGUUAAACUGCAACGCUAAAUGUUUAAUCCCUUGGGUCAAAGCUAUCAAGUCAGACUUGAAUCAAACUGUAUUUGCAAGUAAUUAUUAUGACAAACUGUUUUAUCCCUUUUUUUUCUAAUUAAUAUGUAGAUGUAAAAGCGCAGCUCAGCCAAUUCUCUCAGAAUGCUUCGUUAGUAUUCCCAUAUUUGUGCAAGUGUGUAAAUGCUCUUCAGUUCACGGUCCUGGGUCAGAAUCCCUGCUGAAAAAAACCCUCACAGGAGACAAAUAAUUUGCAAAUAUCAUUAGACUAAGUCUAAUUGAAAAGUUACUGUUUUCGACCAAAAAGGAUUCUUUAUGUCAAUAAGCAUGCAUCAUUGUGAUAACUGACCACAGAGGUCAUGUGUUGGCAUGAAUGUCUUUCCGGCUCGACACAAACCACAUCAACAACCCUGUUAUCUUGCACUUAGGUAGAGUAGUAAAAGAGGGUCGGGGUUGAUCUCCUAUAAGGUGGUUGUUUGCAGUGUCCGUUACUCCCCUUCAGAUUUGCCUGUGCGUGACCUCAUCUGUGUUGCAGUCUUUGUGACUAUAUGUUUCACCAAUUACAGUUAUUGUUUGCACUAAAUCUGCCUGUUUUUACAAUGAAUUUGUGUUUGUAUAUCUGUGUAAAUGUGUGCAAUAUUUAUUUUCUGCCUGUUUUUGGCAAUUUGAAAUAAAUUGAAUUCUAUGGACAACAUGUUUGAGAUCACUGAAGCGGCUAUAAUCAACAUUUUGAUAUUCACAAGGGAUCAUGACUAUUUGUAUGUGAAAGGGGUCACUCAGAGUGAUGAACCCACAGAUGGUUACCACCUGAAUCUGCAGUUCCCCUUUAGUUCUACCUACUGUAGCUUUAAAGCAUUCUUUUCAGCUCAUUGUUCAUUUCACUCACAUAGCAUUGUUUUCUGUGUUAACUGAGCAAACAAGCUCUAAAAACCCCACUACACAUUACCUGCUACCUCCCCAGCACCGAGUGGCAGACAAAGUUAGCGACUAGUGUGUGAAUAUAGUGCAGCAUUUAGCAGCUAAAGAGCUCCAUUUGGGCCUAACUAAUUCAUUGCAUAAGGGAUAGUCCCUGAUGGUUCCUAUAAAAUUUUCCCAGAGAGGUGGGUGUGUGCUGCUCUUUAUCAGUCUUUAUCAGUGACCAAAACAUUAGUUGUAGGUCUUGAAGUGACCUUUGGUACUCUUUGCAUGGAAACAAU